GUUAAUUUUAUUUUACGUUCUCUAUAUUUAUAGGCUGUAAUUUCUGUACUUUGACCAGUUUAUUUUAACAAUAAAUUAUUACUAGAGUAUUUACUUUUUAUAUAAUUAUGCAUAUUUUUACAAGAAAAGUUUUAAAAUUAGGAUUAAUACAACAAAUAUCCAAAAGAAAUUACUCAGCUGCUGGAAAUUUAAUCACUGUAACAAAAAACGAUACAACAAAUACAAGUAUCUUAUCAUUGGCAAGGCCACCAGUUAAUGGUCUCAACCUUGAAUUACUUACUGAAUUUAAUGAUUCCUUAAAAAAAAUAGUUAAAGAUGGUAGCAAAGGUGUCAUUAUUACGUCAUCUUUACCAACAAUAUUUUCGGGUGGCUUAGAUAUCAUGGAAAUGUUUAAGCCAGAUAUGAAAAGAGCUAGACAAUUUUGGGAACAAUUGCAAGAAACUUGGUUUACUCUUUAUAGUUUGAGUAUACCAACUGCUGCAGCAAUAAAUGGAUCGAGUCCAGCUGGGGGCUGUUUAACAGCAAUGAGCUGCGAGUAUCGAGUAUUUGUUGAUGGUAAACAUGCUAUUGGAUUAAAUGAAACAAAACUUGGUAUCGUAGCACCUUCGUGGUUUCGAGAAAUUUAUGUAUCAACAAUCGGAUAUCGACAAGCAGAACUAGCAUUACUGCAAGGUACCCUAUUUCCACCAAAACGAGCACUCGAAAUCGGUUUGGUUGAUGAGCUUGCUGCUGAUAAAGACGAAGCAAUUUCAAAAUGCCAGAAAUAUAUUGAUUCAUAUGCUCGUAUCCCUGCUGUAGGCAGAUACGCAACCAAAAUGGAUUUUAGAACUGAGUUAAUUGAGCGGCUGAAAAAAAAUCGUGAAGCAGAUACUUCACGUUUUUUGAAUUUUAUUUCUCAGCCUAAAGUACAAGUUGCACUUGAAUUAUAUAUUAAAAGUUUGAAAGAAAAAAAGUAAUUAAAAAAAAUUAAUUAUUGUUAAAGUUAUGGUAUUUUUUAUAAAAAUGAAAUUUAAUAUUUUUUAUCAAUAUAUCGUUGACUUUUGUACUGUUUUUAUAAAGUGAACUAUAAAUA